UUUACCAAAAGCGCGUGCGAUGCUAUUUUUGAAUUUCUGAUUGCACGUUCAUCCAUGGCAUCGAUCAACAUGAAUCCUCUGGUUGGUGUAGUAACUCUGCCACAACAUGCUCCACCACCGAAAAAUCCAAAACUGUACAAAACGGAAUUGUGCCGUUCAUGGAUGGACCAUGGUCGUUGUAAUUACGGAGAAAGGUGCCAAUACGCUCACGGUGAACAAGAAAAACGUCCGAUUCCUCGUCAUCCAAAGUACAAAACCGAAGCGUGCCAGUCCUAUCAUCAGUCUGGUUAUUGCCCAUAUGGUCCACGAUGCCAUUUCAUUCACAGUUCUUUUUUAAUAUUCGUAUCAGUGAUUUUAGUAGGCAGCCCGAUGCUUCAACGUCUGUCGUCAUUGCCUAGCUAUGGCAGCACUGGUGACUCGACGGCGGGCAGUAGUAGUUCAGCCGAUAGCGGAUCAGAAUCACCAAACGGCAGCUUUUCACCAGGACUCGAUCUGGACGAUGGUGAUUUGUUAGAUCGACUCUUUUAUCGUAGUAGUGGUGUUUGA